UUUUAAGAACUUUGAUUUGGAAGACUCUCAGAAGUGUGCAGUAGACUGGUUGAUGAUUGGUCCCUCUUCCAAGAGGGAGGAAUACAAAGUGUGUGGAUCUUCCAUACCCCCGUCUUUCAUCUCUGCCAGAGACCAUGUCUGGAUAUUUUUUCACUCAGAUGCAUCAAGCUCAGGACAGGCUCAGGGAUUUCGCCUUUCUUAUAUCAGAGGCAAGAUAGGUCAGGCUGAAUGCCAGUCAGAUGAAUUCCGUUGUGCAAAUGGAAAGUGUAUUCCCAGCACUUGGAAGUGUAAUUCCAUGGAUGAAUGUGGCGAUAACUCGGAUGAGAGAAACUGCACUGUCCCUUCCACAGAGCCUCCGUCCAGCAUCUGUCCCUCAGGAAUGUUUCAGUGCAGUGCGGCCCACUCCACCAAGUGCUUGAUGAAUGAGCUGAGAUGUAAUUCAGUUAAGGACUGCAGUGAUGGUUCAGAUGAAGACAAUUGUCCUGAUCUUUCCUGCGGCAAAAGGCUGGGUAAUUUUUAUGGAUCUUUUGCUUCCCCGGACUUAUUCCGUGCUGAUCACAGCAGAUCAGACCUUCGUUGCACGUGGUACGUGGACACACAAGAUAAUCGACAUGUUCUGUUGCAGCUUGAUUUGCAGUUAGGCUACAACGACUACGUGAAGGUGUAUGAUGGCAUCGAAGAGAGAGGUGAUAAAUUAAUGCAAACGUUUUCGUACCACAACAAUAGGCAUUCAGUGAGCGUGGAGUCAUCAAAAGGCCAGCUCACUGUCUCGUAUCAUGCCCGCUCCAAGAGCACUGGCCAUGGGUUCAAUGCUACCUAUCAGGUGAAGGGCUAUUGCCUUCCUUGGGAACAUCCUUGUGGAAGCGAUGAGGAGUGUUUCACAGAUAAGCAGCGUUGCGAUGGCUGGUGGCACUGUCCAAAUGGCAAGGACGAGGAGAACUGUCCGGCUUGCCAGAAGAAUGAAUACCCAUGUGAGGGAAAUAGUGGGCUUUGUUACUCGAUACUUGACCGCUGUAAUAACCAAAAGAACUGCCCAGAUGGCUCGGAUGAAAAGAACUGCUUUACUUGUCAGCCAGGAAACUUCCAUUGUGGUACAAAUCUGUGCAUCUUUGAGACUUGGCGCUGUGACGGCCAAGAAGACUGCCAGGAUGGAAGCGACGAACAUAACUGCCUGGUGAUCGUUCCCAGGAAGGUCAUCACAGCUGCUCUGAUUGGGAGUCUCGUGUGUGGCUUGCUCCUGGUGAUAGCACUGGGGUGUGCAUUUAAAUUAUAUUCUCUGAGGACCAGGGAAUACAGAGCGUUUGAGACCCAAAUGACACGUCUCGAGGCAGAGUUUGUGCGACGGGAAGCUCCGCCUUCCUACGGGCAGCUAAUUGCCCAAGGACUUAUCCCCCCAGUUGAAGACUUCCCCGUGUACAAUGCAUCACAGGCUUCUGUGCUGCAGAACAUACGAACAGCCAUGAGGAGGCAGAUGAGGCGACACUCAUCAAGACGGAGCUCAUCUCGGCGGCGCUUGGGCAGGCUCUGGAACAGACUCUUCCACCGACCUCGGGUGAGAGGACAGAUCCCCCUCCUGACACCUGCCCGCACUUCACAGACUACACUGGGUGAUGGAAUCAUCAACCGUGCUGAUGGGACUAUUCGGAGUCCUCCGCCUUCCCCCGAAGGACCUAGUUUAGAGACAAAUGCCAAUGGCCAGACCAGGGGCCUACAAGAAGCUGGAUGUAGCAGCUUGCAGCCAGAGACUGAAAUCACAGAGCCAUCGCCUUCAAAUGUCUUACCAAAUACUUGCACAGCAGCACACGCAGAACCUGAGACUGGACGUGCUGAUAAAUCUUUAGGUGCUGAGACCUCUGGCAAUGAGCUUAAGCAGUCCAGUAAAGUGGAUUCAGGAAAGACUUUCAGAGAUCCUGUAUCUGAAAGCGUUACACAAACAAUCCGUGGAGGGUCAGCGUCGAGGAGGACUGUCCCAGAGGACAGUAGAAGUCAUCCGCUGAGUGAAGAGCCAUGUAGGUUACCCUUAAAAAAGUGGGAGUCUGCUUAUCCAGACACCCCUAAGCAUGUUCAUAUCCAGGUGGAUGGACAAGACCGAUGCUGCCCUAACUCAUGCCGGGAGGAGCCUUUGGGUAUUCAUGCGGCUUGUUGCCAUUCUGUGGAAGUGCCAAUGUUAGAGUCCUCUACUCCCCUCUCCGAUAUCAAUACCAGUGAUGACGAAUCUUUACUUGUUUGCUAAUAAAAAUUUUUGGUUUGGUCCUGUAAA